GAUAACCUAUAAAUACUUUUGGAAUCAACAUGAUUUUGAUGCUACCAUAGAAAUUAAAUGAGAAUUCGAUAGAAUCGUCAGUGGAGAUAAGAAGUAUUAGCAGGGUGGUAAACUGAAGACGAUAUAUAUACCUUACAAUUCAAAGAAUUAUGGAUAAGUACACGAAAAUGGUAUUAUUAUUCGUUAUUCUGAUGUCCAUCAUCACAAUACCCAUACCACCUGCUAUGUCAUUAAUACCCAAACCGGAGCCAUCUUCGUUGCUGACUUACCUCCUAUCCAUCACAGUUGGACCUGUUGAGGCGAUAUUGUUGAUUCUCUUGUUCACAUUAGAUACAAUAAGAACAAAAUUUCCACUAAAUUUAUUCAUUAUGCUGUUACAUUCGAUAUUAGCAUCUGUACUCACAGGAAUACCGUUUAUUGAGAAAGAGUUUAACUGGGUGCUCAUAGUGACGGGAUCAGCUGUCGUAUUGUACAUCUUACUAAUCUCAAUAGGUGCAGCACUGCCAGUUGAUCUAUCUCGUCAUUACAUUGCAGUUCUCAUAUACGAUAUUACUGUCUUGGUUGUCACUUUAGCUGUUUCAAUUGGUGUCUACUAUGGGACAGGAAAUUAUAAAUUGGCGCUGGUAAUUCUCAGCUUCGGAUUGACUGCAUUAGUAAUCCCUUAUGGUUUAUCGUGUGGUCAAUCAGCAUUUGGUAGACCACAGUUCAGAACAGUUAAUGACGAUUAUUGUGUGGCUGCAUUCUUUGUGCAUAUGACGCUUAUCCUCCUGCUGACAGCCAUCAAUAUUGGAAUACCAUAUCUGAUAUUGCAUAACGUAUUAAUUAAUCAAGUUAACCACUUCGAACUGGGCUUCUGAGUUACUCAAACUAACGAAAUGACAUGUGUAGUUCACGCAAAUCGAUCCAAACUGGCUUUUACUCCUAAUAUAAUUAACUGGUUAAUAAAUGUUCUAUAUUCUCAGUUUUAAUCUAAUUUUAAGAAUUUUCCUCAAUUGUACCUAUCCUUCUGUAUAAUCAUGGAUGAUC